UAGAAUUUUACUUGCCGGCAAGGCUACAAUAUUUUCCAUGGAUUCGGAAGCAUCAAACGAUACGCGGACUGGCGACACCGACCCCUAUACCGACGAUCUUCUUCCAAUCCGAUAUCUCGAGAUCUCCGACCACGCCAAGGGUUUCGUGGAGCUCCUUGGUCAGCUCAGUCCCUGCCCUCCAAUCUCCGUCGCUGAAUUCUGCUCCCGCUUCGCGGAACUCGCAGCCCUCGGUGACGAUCACAUCAUCUGCGUCAUUGAGGAUCCGAAAACUAGUCGGAUCGUUGCCACCGGCAGCGUUUUCGUGGAGAAAAAGUUCCUCCGCGGUUGCGGCAAGGUAGGCCACAUCGAGGACGUCGUCGUCGAUGGCGCAGCUCGCUGCCGCCGUCUUGGGCAGCGAGUUGUGAGGUUCCUUGCGGAACAUGCUAGGGUUGCAGGUUGCUAUAAAGUUAUCCUUGAUUGCACCUCGGAACUUAGAGGAUUCUAUGAGAAGUGCGGUUUCGUGGAGAAGAAUGUGCAAAUGGCGAUGUACUUCCAAGAUUGAUGUGGAUGUAUGUAAGUAGUUGCACCGGAGAUUUCCUUUGAGAGAAGAUUUUUGCCCCUGUUUUUGGGAAGAAGUAAUUACAAGUUCUUUAUCUUGAGCUUCCAUGGUCAUUAUAGCAGAUAUUUCUGAGGUUUUGUUGUUAAGCAUUUCCAUCAUUUUUUCUUCUUUGGCUCAUGUAAUUGAGAAGACUUCAUUCAGAGAUGGUAGAUUUUUUCAGCUUAAAUUAAAUAUCAAUUGGUUGAAUUUAUUAUCACGUUUUGUAAGAAACUCAAAAAACUCUCUCUCUUUCUACGAACGGCUUGGGAAUCAUUGCAUUAUUACUA